AUGAUUAGCGAAUUGCAAGUGAAGAAAAGCUUUCGGCGAUGCACGUACAAGGAGUUCAUGGCAUGUAACCCCUUACCAUACAAAGGGGAAGUUGAUCUGAUAGCUUGUCAAAGGUGGAUUUCCAGUACCGAGGCAGUGUUUACACGAAGUAGAUGUGAAGCGGAGGAUCAAGUAAUGUUUGCCACGGGCCUUCUACAACUUCGAGCAAAAGAUUGGUGGGACGCAUACUCGAAGGAAUUGGGGGAUGAUAAGGUACAAUCGUUAACAUGGCAAGAAUUCAAGGAGUCAUUUCUGAAAUAUUAUAGUCCACAAUCCGCAAUUGAUAAGAUUCAGGAAGACUUCUUACGUCUCAGACAAAAGGAUGAAACGAUUGAUGAGAUAACAAACAAGUUCCUUGAGAGGGUGAAGUUCUGUGAGGAGAUAGCGGGGACUGAGAGGCAAAGGAUUGUACGUUACCAUGCUAUGUUAAAGGCUGAAUAUCGGGAAUUUGUAAACCCCUCCAAGUGUGCGGCGUUAAAUGAACUAAUUGAAUGGGCAAGAGACAGAGAAAUUGAGAUAAAAAGGCAGGUUGAACGGGGAGAGAAAAGGGUAGCGGAGAAGCCUACCAACGCAAGCCUAUCGAAAAAGGCAAGAUAUCAAGACCAAAGCAAGAAAGGGAAAACAAGUGGUGAAAUCCCGACUUGCAAGACGUGUGGGAAGCAUCAUUCGGGUGAAUGUUUGUCGGGAAAGAAGGGAUGCUACAAAUGUGGAUGA